AUGGUGAACAUGGACGGUGAGGCGCUCAAACCAGAAGCCUUCCUUACCACGGCCACCACCGCCACGCUGGUCGCGCCGCGGAGUCCUCCAUCGUACCCCAAGGUCGCUGAAGCUACGGCUCCCGGGGAAAACCUGGAGCAUCCGCAGGGAUCACGGGGGGAACCUGGGGCAGAGGGGUGUCCUGGGGCAUUCUCGGGGCAGAGGGGUGACCUGGGGCACCCUCGGAUCACGGGGUCAACCGAGGGCAUCCUCAAGGGACACGUGGACAACCUGGGGCGUCCUCAAGGGUCACGGGGGCAACCUGAGGCUCACUCUGGGCAGGGGGGGCAUCCUCUGGCCACGGGGUCAACCUCGGGGCACGAGGUCACCCUGGAGCAUCCUCGGGGCACAACGUCAACCUUGGGCAUAUUCGGGGUACGAGGUCAACCUGGGGCAUUCUCGGGGUACGAGGUCAACCCGUGGCCUCCUCGGGGGUCACGGGGGCAUCCUCAGGGGUCGAUUCAGAUCAUCUUCAUGAGGUCAGAGAUCGAACUUAUACGUCACAUGACCAACCAGGUGCAUCACUUAAGAGGUCACAAGGUCGAGUAA